CGGCCCGGUCGCACUCGGGGCCCGCGGUGUUUCCCGGCCGGCGCGGCGGGUCGCCACCCCUUCUCUCCGUGGGGGUCGCUCGGGCAGCUCCGUCAUGGAGGCGGGGACGCCGGGGGGAGUCAGUGUCCUAGAUGAGGCUGUGGACAAAAGAAACUAUAAGAAAUGCAACCAGAUUGCUUUUUACAGGCGUCAGAAGCUUCUACAUCCUGGAAAAUCCUUGUAUCGAGUCUUGUUGGAUUCAGUCACAUUAAGUGAUGAGAGUGUCAAAUUCCAUAUCAUUCAUGAGGAGAAUAAGGUUCUUCUGCAAGUAGAAAUUUAUGAAAUAGAAGGCAAUAUUUUCAGGCUUAAAAUUGAUGAGGCAUCUCCUCUCAGAGCAAGAUACAAAGUUCCUGAUGUUCUUAUAAAGGAACCUACCACCCAGAGACUGUUCAUAUCCAAUAAGGAGGCAGGUAUUUUGGUACUGUCAAGUGUUAAUGAAGACUACAGACUUCGAGUCACAGCAAACCCCUUCCAAGUUGAGCUGCAGUCCAAGGGUGAGACUGUUAUGAGUGUGAAUUCCAAUGGUUUGUUGUAUUUUGAGCAUCUACAACCACCUCCCAGUGACAGAAAACAUACAGCACAAAAUGAGGAGGCAGCAAGUGAUUCCUCUAAGGAAAAACAAGAGGACCUAGGUCUCUGGGAAGAGAAAUUUGACAGUUUCUUGGACAUCAAAGCUCAUGGUCCUACAUCUGUAGGCAUGGACUUCUCUUUACAUGGAUAUGACCAUGUUUAUGGAAUACCACAACGCACAGAAACACUUCUUCUCAAAAACACCAGUGAUGGUGAUGCCUACCGGCUUUAUAAUUUGGAUAUUUUUGGCCACAAGAUCCAUGAAAAAAUAGGUAUUUAUGGUUCAGUACCCCUUCUCUUAGCACACAAGCCUGACAGAACUUCAGGGAUUUUCUGGCUGAACUCUUCAGAAACACUGGUGGAUAUCAGUACAAAGGCAGUAGCUGAGCACACUCCAUCCAGAUCUGCUGCAGAGACUGCUAAGCAGAGAGCAGUGCCUCUAACUGAUGUACGCUGGAUGUCGGAAAGUGGGAUCAUUGAUGUUUUCCUGCUGAUGGGACCCACUCCAUUUGAUAUCUUCAAGCAGUUUGCACAACUGACAGGCACUCAAGCCUUGCCCCCACUUUUUUCUCUGGGCUACCAUCAGUGCAGGUGGAAUUAUGAGGAUGAACAAGAUGUCAAGGAAGUGGAUGCUGGCUUUGAUGCACAUGAUAUUCCUUAUGAUGUCAUAUGGCUGGAUAUAGAGCACACAGAUGGCAAGAGGUAUUUUACUUGGGACAAAGAGAAAUUCCAGAACCCCAGAAAGAUGCAAGAACAUCUCAGGAAGAAAAAACGCAAGCUUGUGGUCAUCGUAGAUCCUCACGUUAAGGUUGAUCCCUCAUAUACCCUGUAUGCACAGGCAAAAGAAAAGGGUUAUUUUGUGAAAGACAGAAAUGGGCAAGAUUUUGAGGGCAUCUGUUGGCCAGGUUCCUCUUGUUACCUGGAUUUUACCAAUCCUGAAGUGCGAAAAUGGUAUGCAGAUCAAUUUGCCUUCAAAACAUACAAGGCAUCCACUAAUAUCCUCUUUGUAUGGAAUGAUAUGAAUGAGCCUUCAGUCUUCAAGGGGGCAGAACUAACAAUGCAGAAAGAUGCUGUCCACUACAACAACUGGGAGCAUCGGGAAGUACACAACCUCUAUGGAUUCUACCAGCAAAUGGCAACUGCAGAAGGACUCAUCAGGCGUUCUUCGGGAAAAGAGAGACCGUUUGUCCUCACACGAUCUUUCUUUGCUGGAUCACAGAAGUAUGGGGCAGUGUGGACUGGAGACAACACGGCAGAGUGGAGUUACUUGAAAAUAUCCAUUCCAAUGCUUCUUACCAUCAACAUGGCAGGGAUUUCAUUCUGUGGAGCUGAUGUGGGAGGGUUUAUUGGAGAUCCAGAGCCAGAGUUACUUGUUCGCUGGUAUCAGGCAGGAGCCUACCAGCCCUUCUUCAGAGGUCACUCUAACCUGGAGAGCAAACGGCGCGAACCGUGGCUCUUUGGGGAGAAGAACACCCAGCUCAUCAGGAGAGCCAUUAGAGAGCGCUACAUCCUCCUGCCCUACUUAUACACUCUGUUCUAUCGGGCACACACGGCGGCUGAACCGGUCAUGAGGUCUCUCUGGAUAGAGUUUCCAGAGAAAACAGAAACUUUUGAUCUGGAAAAUGAGUACAUGAUGGGAAAUGCUUUGUUGGUACAUCCAGUCACAGAGAAAGAGGCCAAGACAGUGACAGUUCUGUUUCCAGGGUCAGAGGAGAUUUGGUAUGAUUUCAGAAAAUUUAAGCGAAUGGAAGAUGCAGGCACAGUGAAGAUCCCAGUAACACUGGAAAAUAUUCCUGUGUUCCAGCGGGGGGGCACUGUGAUACCUCUGAAGACCAGAGCUGGAAAAUCCACUGAAUGGAUGAUAGAUAUUUCUUAUGAACUCCGCGUGGCCUUAGACACAGAGGCCUGUGCCAUAGGCGAGCUGUACAUAGAUGAUGGGCAUUCAUUUCAAUAUCUCCACAAGAAGCAGUUCCUGUAUCGGAAAUUCACUUUCCACAAGAACAUUCUCUCUUCCAGCUGCAUAGAUGAAAGUGGACAAUACCACACUACAUGUGUAGUUGAACGGGUGAUAAUUCUGGGAUUUGGAAAGCAACCCACUUUUGUGACAGCCAGUGCCAAGGAUGGUAAAAAAAAAGAAGUGGUUUUCACAUAUGACACGAAGACCUCUGCACUGACACUGGAAAACCUAGCCCUGAGUGUUGAAGCUGACUGGGAGAUCUGUAUCAGCUGAAAGAAGACUCAGCUUCUUCAGAGAAACUGUCCAUUGGGAGGCUGAGGAGAAAUAAACUGGGAGGACUUCAGAUGUUCACUUGAAUCAAAUUAAAUCAACAAACGUAUUUUCCACCAACACACCCAAACUAACAUUUCUUAAAAUUUUUCUUUUAAAGCACUAACUUGGACUUGGAUAAAUUUUCUGUUCAGCAAAAGUAAUAGCACUAGGAUUGUAACUUUGGAGAAAAUAAGCUAAAUACUCUUUGCAUUAGGCUAGCUUCAGUUAGGCAUUAAACUUCAGUUUUGCCUUCACUUGCAAUAAAAAAUUAUUAGUUGAUUGGGUAAGAUUGUGGCUUGUUAGCACAGGUCUUAAUGUAAGUAUUUUUAAAAUCACACUAUUCAGAGGCUGGAGCACUUGAGGAGAUCUGGGCCAGUUCAACAAGCAGCACCAGCAGAUAUGAUAGACACAGAGAUUAUCACCAGAGUUCUGCCUGCCAGCUGCCUUCUGAAAACAAACACAGAAGGAGCCACCCAGAGUGAUCACAGACACUUCUGCUUCCCAGUCCUUAUGGCAAUGCAAAAUUAUCUGGUCUGCAUAGGAAAGUAAACAGCAGGCUGGCCAAACACCUCAGGAGGUGAGGGUUGGGUAGCUUGUGCCAGUCAGUUGUGCAAUAGUAGAAGACAGUAAUGUGGCAGUGCAGAAAGCUCCUUAACAGCCAGCUUUGAAACUUGGAUUUCAAAAAGGCACAGGUCUUCCACUGGCAUAGGAUAGCAGCUAUACUCACGCAAAAACAUUUGCCAUGUUACUGCUCCCCUCCAUCUGCAAGUACUACUUAAAAGUUUUCUGUUAGGAAAGAAUUGGCAUUGAUGAUUGAACGUCAUUGAUUAAAGUCAGCCCAAUGAAGGAGCUGUGGUUUCCCACAUCUUCCAAGUCCUGCCAAGUUUUGGCUUCCUUUAGAAAAGUUUUUGUCAUGUCACUUUUUAGUAUCUGGCUGAGAUUUGAACUAGGCAUUUAUGAAGCAGAAUUUAAUUAAUGUUCCCUUGCCUUCUUUUUCCACUGUCUCUGCAAACAGAACUGGUAUGUUUUGAUGCUUGCUUUGCUUGCAAAACAGAGAUCUCCUAAGUCCCACAUCCAUUACAUCCUGCCUAUUCCCUCCUUUUUCCAUCUUAGGCAUCUCUUUUCACAGGCUGCCAUUGCUCUACAGGGUUUGCUUACCCUUUCUCUUUGCUAAACUUGUCAGCUAUGUUAUUUAGAAACCAGUUCUGUUUUGAGUCAAACCUGAGCAUGCCAUCAGUUGGGUGUCUGGUUUUUCUGGAUUUCUAGUUAAUUUCAUUCCUUUUAGUAAGAUAAGGAAGUAUUUUCUAAAAACAUCAGUAAAAUAACUCGUAGGAAACAGAGAAGGAUGGUCACCAUUUUUGCCAGCUAAAGGUAGCAUAACAUUACUAAUCCCUCUGUCAUUCCCACCUGCUGCUGUUUGUCCUCUGCAGGGCAGAUUUCUGGGAAUGGCAAGCAUGAGAGCAAACCGUGAGUGCUCUUGACUACUCAAGUGUAGUUUGCUCCCCACCAGACCCUUAGCUUCCUUCUUUUUUAUUCUGCAGAGCUAUUUGUCAGCACCUUCCAGGAGGCAGUGUGAGCCUCCACUCCAGGAAUGGGCAGCAUAAAUACUGUUGUGCUUAAUGCAAAUGUGUUAAUCCAGGUAGAACAACAGCAAACAGAUCUUUUGCAUCGGUGAAAAGAGAGACAGACCCUCUUUUUCUAUCAACUUCUAAGCUUUGAUUGAUGAUUUCUUUCUAUCCUUUAAGCAUAGCAGUACUUCUGAUAAGUUGCAGUAAUUGUCUUGGGUGACUUUAUAAAAUAUUUUAAUUGCUAUUUCUCAAAUUGGAAAGUGAAAUAAAGUAAUAAUGAAGCAA